GCCAAUCCGGAGCCCCGUGUGGCCUUGCGCACGCGCGCUCCGGUGACGCUCCAAGGGCGGAGAGCCAUCUCUCUGGUCCCCAAUUGGUACGCCGACGCUCCCCACCCUCUUCAUCCACGCCAAUGAGCGAGGCGCGGCGUUCCCGGGGCUCGCGGGCGUUCGUCGACUGAGCGGCGGGAAGGUUUGGGCAAACCGUUUCCCCGAGGCGGUGCUACCUAUCGCCCUCUCCCGACAGGAGGAGGACUUACAUACCAGCGGCUCUCCAUGCCUCCGGUGCAGUCAACUGAGAGUCCUGCUUCCCUUCUUUGACCACUUCAGCCCCUCCUGAACACGGUCCCCUGUCUUCAACUCAAAUCCAAAGAACAAUAUAGCCAGAGUUACUCAUUUAUUGACACCUAAAAUUAGACCGCUGUCCCCAGUGGACCCCGGAGUUGCCACCCAGGGCAGUUCUGCAUUCUCGCACACGCUUCAAUUGUACAGAGUCGCUGUGUGUUCGGGCUCCUGACUCUCACUCCAUCCAUCACCUCUAACCAGGAAACAGUCUUUCUGCUGUAAGGAAAUAAAGAAACUAUGGUCCAUUUGUAGUAAGAGGCGCGUUUAAAGCUCAUCGGUGGAUUACAGGCCCCUUAUUCAGUUGUCAUGACGCUGGACUCCUCGAUGGCGGAUCAGAUGACCCGGCUGAGGUUACGACUCCUGGAACAGAUGCUGGAGCAGGAACGGGACAGCAUGGACAGAGCAGGACAGCAGGAAAAGUCAGACACAGCCCUCCAGAGUGCUUUGAGAAGAAGGAAGGACCUUCUACAGAGACUCUGGGAGCAGCAGCUGAUGGACGAGCACUCCCCAGCCCAUGCCUGGAGGAUGCACGGAAGAGCCGCAGUGCCAACCCUGAACCCAGAGGUGCCUCCCACAGAUGUCUUCCCUGCUGCCUCCCCACCUUUGCCCCAACCCCCAGAGCCACCAAGGAUCAUCCAGCACCCGGUCCCCCAGGCUCCUGCCACCAUCAUUCAGCAGCUACCGCAGCAGCCACUGAUUGCACAGAUUUCUCCUCCUCAGGCCUUUCCCACUCCGAGGUCAGGAAGUAUUAAGGAAGACAUGGUGGAGAUGAUGCUGAUGCAGAACGCGCAGAUGCACCAGAUUCUCAUGCAGAACAUGAUGCUCAAAGCCCUGCCCCCUGGGUCCACAGGCCCACGUGCUGCUACCCUCCAGGACCAACGAUGGAUGCACCACGGAGUCCUGAGAGCUGAAAAGCAGAAGCCACCCCCGGUUCACCACCACCACCACUACGCGCCCACCACUCAGCUGCCGGCUGCCUCCACAGCUGGUGCCCCUGCAGGUUAUGCCACGUGGCCUCCAGUGGUCGCAGCCACUGCGUUCCCACACGCAGCCAGCUUCUUGCCCACUGUGAGCCACCUGACCGAGGCAUCAACCUCCCAUCCUAUCUACCCUUAGCACACAAGUGUGGAGGGAGAAAGCUAGUGUCUUGCGCAGAAUCCCUGGGACCUUACAGAUCGGAGGCAGGACAGCUCAGAGUUGCCAGUUAGCCCCACACGGACCAUCCCUGUGACAGACCUGGCUUACGCUCCAUGAAGACAGUGACAUGAUGCCCAUGUGGAUAAACAAGCCAAUGCCACACACUCAAGGGUGCUUCAGGGUGGCGCUGACACUGCUUCCCACAGAACUGUCUUUCAGUGCGCCUUGGGAUGUGGUUCCAGAGAAACUUGGUUUUGUUAAAAGCGCCAGUUAAAGA